AUGGCGCGGAUAAAGAAGAAGGGACAGGCCGGUGCGGCCAAGAACUUCGUGACGCGAAACCAGGCGAUCCGAAAACUGCAGCUCAGUCUUCCCGAUUUCCGAAAGCUUUGCAUUUGGAAAGGCAUCUACCCCCGAGAGCCUCGCAGCAAGAAGAAGGUUUCCAAGUCUUCCACUGCCUCGACUACCUUUUACUACACCAAAGACAUUCAGUAUCUCCUUCACGAGCCGCUGGUGCAAAAGUUCCGUGACCACAAGGUUCUGGAGAAGAAGAUUUCAAGAGCAUUGGGCCGAGGAGAUGUCAGCGAUGCCGCUCGACUGGAGAGCAAUGCAAGCCGACCAGACAAGACUGGAAAGCCGACCUACACUCUGGAUCAUGUUGUCCGCGAGCGCUACCCGACGUUUGUCGACGCAUUGAGGGAUCUGGAUGACUGCCUCUCUAUGCUCUUCCUCUUUGCGAACCUGCCCUCGACUUCCAUGGUGCCCGCUAAGAUGAUUGCCCGCUGCGAGCGAUUGUGCCUCGAGUUCCAGCACUAUCUCAUUGUCUCCAAGAGCCUUACAAAGUCCUUCUUGUCUAUCAAGGGUAUCUACUACCAGGCCAACAUCCAAGGCGAGGAGGUCCUGUGGCUGGUUCCCUACAAGUUCAACCAGAGAAUUGUCGGCGAUGUCGACUUCCGCAUCAUGGGAACCUUUGUCGAGUUCUACAUGACGCUUCUUGGCUUUGUCAACUUCAGGCUUUAUACUUCAAUUGGCCUCAAGUACCCGCCCAAGUUCGAUGCUGUCAAGGAUGAGAAUGCUGCCGAGCUGGGCGCCUUCACCCUGGAGGGCAAGACUCUGGUUGGCGGUGAAGAGCAGAGCAAGUUGGAGGACGUUGCUCACAAGCCGGACCCCAAGGUUCAAGCUGCCGUCAACAAAGUCCUGAAGAGCAUGACAAAUGGAGGAGCAAAUGGUGCUGCUACUGACGAUACCGCAAUGGAGGACAAUGAGGAGGCCGACCAAGACGCCGCUGGUGCCAUUGACAAGUUCGAGCCAGCUGCUCCUGGAGGCGACGUUCUACCCCAGCCAUCAUACAGUGGCACUAGCCCCAACUCCCUCUUCUCAAACUUCACAAUUUACCUGUCCCGUGAGACUCCCCGCCAGCCCCUAGAGUUUAUCCUCAAGUCAUUCGGCUGCAAGCGUGUCGGCUGGGACGCCGUGCUCGGUGGCGGCGCUUUCACAACGGAUGAGCUGGACCCAUCAAUCACUCACCAGAUCGUCGACCGACCCCCGAUACAAGCUUCAAUGAACGAGGAUGGUGAUGGCGAGGACAACCAGACGGCGCAAAAGCUGGCAGCCAACCGACGUGUGCCUGGCCGGAUAUACAUCCAACCUCAGUGGGUCUGGGAUUCUGUCAACGAUGGUGAGCUGAAAGAGCCUCAUGUGUAUGCGCCAGGCGCAUCACUGCCCCCGCAUCUGAGCCCCUUUGUCAGAAAGGUGCAGGGAGCCUACGACCCGACAGUGUCCCUUGAGGAGCAGGAGCCCGAGCACGAAGCCCUCGAGGCUGGCGAUGAUGAUGAAGAGGCUGAUGCAGAUGAGACUGUAGAGGGCAUGGAUGUUGCAGAGGAUGAUGAGGAUGAAGAUGAGGACGAGGAUGAGGCUGAGGAUGAGGAUGAAGCUGAGGAGGAGGAGGAUGAAGACGAAGAUGACGACGAAAACGAGGCCCUGCAGAGACAGAUUGAGCUUGAAGCUGAAAUGUCCGGCAAGGCAGUCAAAUCAAAGGCUGCUAACCCCAAGACCAAGGCAAAGGAGGAUGCCCGAAAGGCCCUUGCAAAGAAGGCCCGCGAAGAGGCCGAAGACCUGGACCGGGCCAAGGGAAUGCUGAGCAAGAAGAAGAGAAAGCUCUUUGAGCAGAUGCAGUACACGAACAACAAGAAGAGCGCAGAGGAUGCCAAGCUGCGCUCCAAGAGGAGAAAGCUGGAAAAGGAAAAGGCCAACGGCAAGGCGUAAUUUUCGGGAUGUACUGUUUAAUAUACUAGUAAAUAGGAUUCAACGGCGUAUAUGCGAUGAAAAUAAAAUGGAUUUCUCUUUAAUAUUAAAUAUUUGAGAUUG